AUGAACGAGGCCAUGCCUCCUUCAUAUGUUGAUCAGCCUUGCCAUCCCAUGCAAAUGAUAAAACGCCACAUGAUUCAAACGCAGUUAUCACCCCGCACCGCUAUCGACGAAAAGAAGAGAAGAAAAAUCGAAGCAUCAAUCCAGAAAUCGGAUAACGGAACCAUCACAAAAAACCGCUACCACCUUGCGUUUCUGGAAAGAACUGUAAAUGCCGGAGUCGAGAUCAAAUCGUAUAUUCGCAAGUGGGAUUCUCGAAGUAAAGUGCGAAUAUUGACUGUAGGAAAGCAGAGUCGAUUUGUGCGAUCAAUUCCGACCUUUAAAUCAUGGCAAAAACCCGAGUAUUCGCUUUCUCCUCCAGGAAAUCAUGCUUUAGAACAAUGUGAGGUAGCAAUUGGAAUUGAUAUCAACUUACCUUCUGGCUCUAGUCUUACGGCGCUUACGCUUGAGGCGGCGAACUCGCUUCUUUCUCCACUUGGCUCUCAUCUUCGAGAAUUGCUGAGGCUGUGGAUGAAAGGCAAUUAG